GAAGGUCAGGAAGAAACCGCCGAAGGAGAUUCUCCGCUGUGAGUACGAGGGCUGUGGGAAGAUAGUGUCCAAUCGGCAGUACCUGAAGCACCACAUGAAGUACCAGCAUCUGCUGCAGAAAACCUUCGCCUGCUCCCACCCGUCCUGCAGACGGUCCUUCAACUUCAAGAAGCACCUCAAGGAGCACGAGAAACUGCACAGUGACAAACGGGACUACAUCUGCGAAUUCUGCGCCCGGGCUUUCCGCACCACGAGCAACCUCAUCAUUCACCGUCGGAUCCACACCGGGGAGAAGCCUCUGCAGUGUGAGAUCUGCGGCUUCACCUGCCGACAGAAGGCCUCCCUGAACUGGCACAUGAAGAAACACGACGCCGAGUCGGGCUACCAGUUCUCCUGCGACGUGUGCGGCAAGCGGUUCGAGAAGAAGGACAACGUGUCCGCCCACAAGAGCAAGAGCCACCCGGAGACGCCGUCCGCCGCGCCCCCGCCAGACCCCCCCGCUGACCCCCCCCGGCCCACCCCGGGUCCCCCGGACCUGAAACCGGAGCCCAGCGCGGAUCCUCCCUACACCUAGACCGUCCGGGCCGGCUGCUGCUCCCCCCCGUCCCCUCCGCCGCUCCCCCCACCCCAGGGUCCCUUCCGGGACCCAAGCUAGGUGGGAUGGGGGGCAAAUGGCUGCCUCUACAGGGGCUUUGUGGGAGUGUCGGGCCCGGAGGGUGUGGGGGAGGUGUCCGCCUACAUCUGCGACUGACUGAACUUCCCGGCCAAGGUGCUAGAUGGCUGUCGUGGGAUGGCAUGGUCCGUCUCUGCACUCCGUCUCCCUCCCCCUGCCCCCCCCACUCCCCCCAUCACAGGGGAACGGGGAGGGAGGGCAGUACUAAGGAUAAAUGUCUGCUUUGGUAUCAGGGUCAAUGGCACUCCGUUCUACCCCCUCU